CGCCGGGGAUUGACCCUCGCCGGCACCCGUCCGCGCGCUCGCAACGGGCCCGGCGGCGGGAUGUGUUCCUUAGCGCUCUUCCCGCCCCCGCCGGCCCCCGGGGACAUCACCCUCUACGAGGUCAAUAACAGCUUGGUCUGCGGCCGCCUCCAUGAGCAGCUCACCUUCCAGAACCAGCUGGCAGACCUGCCCGUCCUCAGCCUGCCCAAGGAAACCCUCAAGGCUCACAGCCGGCUGGAGCACAGCACCCAGCCGGCCUUCAUCCACCACCGCGAGUCCCUCUGGAAGGGAUGCCUCAGCGCCUGGCGGGACGUGGGGCUGUGCGGGGUGCUGAAAGAGAUCGCCAACGCCGAGGAGGAGGGGCUGCAGUGGGUGAAGACAGGCUCAAGGUACCUGCUGGCAGUGUGCCACUGGCUCUCCUCACUGCAUGGCUCCCUGUUCCCUCACCUCUCGCUAACCAGCGAAGACAUGAUUGCGGCGUUCUCCCAGGCGGUGGACUGGGCCGGCUGCACCAUCCGGGCCUUUGCCUGGCACCCCCACACCAGCAAGUUUGCCGUGGCUCUUCUGGAUGACUCCAUUCGGGUCUACAACUCCAACAGGUCUCCCUGCUCCCCCAGUGCAUGUAAAGCCCUCCUCAGGAGAAGACUCUGCCGGCUGGUCCUGCAGCCCUCCCCGCGCCUCCCUGCAGAGGCACUCUCCCCCAGCUGGGAUUUCAAGCCAGCAAGUGCCACCUCCCAGCCCGGGGCCGGGCCGUGGGCAGCACGGGGCACGGCGCUUAAUUGCAUGAGUGCCACCAUCCCCUCGCUGAAGCAUCGCCUGCAGAGGAACGUGGCUGCUAUGGCCUGGAAGCCACUCUGUGCCUCCAUCCUUGCUGUUGCCUGCCAGAGCUGCGUCCUGGUGUGGCACCUGGAUCCCACCUCCCUCUCCACCAGACCAUCGUCCGGCUGUGCUCAGGUGCUGUCCUACCCGGGGCACAGCCCCGUUACCAGCCUGGCAUGGGCUCCCAGCGGGGAGCUGCUGCUCUCAGCAUCACCGGUCAACACGGCCAUGCUGGUGUGGGACGUGUCCACCGAAAACUGCGUCCAGCUGCAGUGGUUUGGGGGCGGCGGUGUCACUUACUUGGCUUGGUCGCCCGAUGGCAGCAAGGUCCUGGCGGCCGCUCCCUCCGCAGUGUUCAGAGUGUGGGAAGCUCAGAUGUGGACAUGUGAGCGGUGGCCCACUAUCAAAGGACGCUGCCAGACAGGGUGCUGGAGCCCUGACGGCAGCCGACUGCUCUUCACGGUGCUGGGUGCGUCCGUCAUCUACUCCUUGUCCUUCUCGGAGUACAGGGGAGAGAUGCAAGGGCAAGUGGGAGGCUCAAAAACAGCUUCUAUCGUGGCAGAUCUGUCUGAGACCACCUUCGAGACACUCUACGGGGAGGAGAGGAUUGGAGGAGAAAUCCACUCCAUGGUGUGGGACCCCACCGGUGAGAGACUCGCAGUGAUCAUCAGAGGGCAUGCUGAUGUUCCUGAGAGCCAGACGGUCAUUGCUGUAUUUCGCACCCGCAACAGCCCCGUGUUUGAGCUCCUGCCAUGCGGUUUCCUGCGGGGCGAGUGCGGCGCGCAGCCCCAGCUCAUCGCCUUCCACCCCUGCUUCAAGAAAGGCGCCCUCCUGACCGUGUGCUGGUCCACGGGGAAGAUCAGCCACAUCCCCUUCUUCUUCAUGAGCGCCCACGUCCCCUGCACCAGCUCCAGCCCAAGCCCCGUCAUAGCCAGCACCAGCGUGUGCGAGUAGCCCAUCUUGGAGCUGUGACAACACCUGGGGUCCACAACUGCAUCUUCCUGAAGAGCCGGUGCUGGGACGCUCCCUCCGCAUCCUCCAUCCUCCUCCUGGGACACACAGCCUGACCUCAGGUGCCUUUAAUACCUCCUCAGGGUCUCACAGCUCACGGGCUGGUGCUGUACAGAUUAAAACUGGCUCUUUUUCCCCUCA